AAGCUGACCUUUAUCGAGAGCUGUGAACCCGGCUGUUUUAUCGUCGUCCCGUGGAGAAUAAAAGCACAGAAACGGCCGAUUGUCGAGUCGAUGGUGCCAUUUGGGCGAAAGCAAUCCAUGCCUUCCAAGCACAAGGAGGAGGAGCCAUGGCUCGCUCGCAGUUUGAAGCCGGAGAACUUUCUCCCCGGACUACUAAUCGGUUUCCUCAUGGGCUUGUUUUUUGAUCUUUCAGCAUCGCGCGCUAGUUAUCAUCCCAAGCCCAAGUCCUCAUACCGUACGAACAAACGCGGACCGGGGGCGGAGGCUGUUUCUUCAUCUCCUGCCGGACUUGGCGAAGAGCUCAAAAUGGUCCUAGUUGUCCGGCAAGAUUUGAAGAUGAGUGUUGGAAAAAUUGCUUCUCAAUGUGCUCAUGCAGCCACUGGCUUGUACGUGGACUUGCUUCAAAGCCAUCGCUCUCUUUUGAGAGCAUGGGAACAAUAUGGGCAAGCUAAAAUAGUGUUAUCAUGCAAGAAUCAGCAAGAGAUGAAUAAGCUGAAGGAAAUAGCAGACCGUUGUGGCUUGCCAACUUUUAUUGUAGCGGAUGCUGGGCGCACGCAGGUUUUAGCAGGAUCAAGGACAGUACUUGCCAUUGGACCAGGGAGCCUUCGCACAACGGUAAAGUUAUUGUCAUGUGACCAAAAGAUCACGGGUUCGAAUUUUGGAAACCGCCUCUUGCAAAAAGCAGGGUAAGGCUGCGUACAAUGGAUCCUUCUCCGGGACCCCGCGUGACGGGAGCUUUGUGCACCGGGUUGUCCCUUUUUUUUUUUUUUAUGCUGAGAUACAACUUGAUGUGGCUUCCAUUUUCUUUUGUGGGUUCUAUGUGGAAGCUUUAGACAGACCAAGCUUUAGCCUGAGAAAUCCCAAAACAAAAAGCUGAAAAAAGAUCAUAUUCAUGUGGCUGUAUUUUUGCUUCAUAUUUCAUGUGGCUAUUUUUAUGCUUCAUAUUACAUAUGCCGCAUGAUUUGAGAACUUUUUAUAUAUGACUGCAAUGAAAUUUGUGCAAUUUCUGUUAUUUGUGGUUGACUAAUAGGGAGAAAAGCAGAUAUUGAUUCAGUAACUGGAAAAUUGCGGUUGUUGUGACAAUCUGGACAAUCAUUCGGCAUGUUAAGUUAAG